AUGAAUUCUUCACCCCACCCCGUGGUGCGCUACUGUUCUAACAAAAGGGAACUCAAACAUGAAACUGAAAACAUAGCAAACACAAGAGAAAAAUCAACAAAUAUGCUAAAGAACGACACGAGUACUUUAUGCGACAUAUGUCGCUUCAGCCCUACCACAAUUUUCUGCAGGGCGGAUUUGGCGUACCUCUGUGCAACAUGUGAUGCAGUUAUUCAUUCCGCAAAUCCUCUUUCCGGACGCCACCACCGUGUCCCGGUUAUACCCAUUUCAGGGUUGAUCGAUGAGCAUCAAACUUCUGACGCAAGGUCUAUAACUGGCGUAGGAGCUGAUCAUGGUGGGUUUUUGUCACAAGAAUCAAAGGACGCCAUAGAUAAUGAAGAUGAAGAAAACGAAGCAGCAUCGUGGCUGCAGUUCGGAAACGAAAACCAAAACGGUGAAAUGAACGGGUGUUUCUUUAAUGGAGACGAUUACUUGGAACUUGUUGCGUAUAAUUCUUGUCAAGACUCUCUAUUCAGUGAUGGUCAUAAUUUCCGGCAAUAUGACUAUGGAGGUGGUGAUGGUGAUAGUAUAGUGCCGGUUCAGUCUGGAGAGACAAAGAAGCACCUCUACAGUUUCCAGCACCCGAAGCUGGAAUUAGCAAUGGAAUAUGAGGCUUCAAACGGUGGCUAUGGCUACACUUCUGUCCAAAUUCCGGCACCCAUAGACAGAAAGGCGAGAGUCCUCAGGUACAUGGAGAAGAAAAAAAGAAGAAAAUUUGAGAAAACAAUAAGGUACGAGUCCAGGAAAGCAUAUGCUGAAAUAAGACCUAGGAUCAAAGGUCGUUUUGCUAAAAGAACUAAUGUCGGUGUUAAGGUGGAGCAAAUCUUCUCCACGACUCUGGCGACAGAAGGUAGACACUGCAUUGUCCCGUCAUUUACAAUGUGA